AUGACGGUCCCGAGGCAUCAUCCGAAAAACCCGCGACUCUCUCUUUUAACUGCCGAGCUUUUGGUGAAGGAACAGACACUAGCCAAGGGAGUGCUGGCGAUAUUGCAAUGUACAUGCCUAUCAAAUGCAGCGUCCACGAGUAUUCGUCUGGUGAACGGAAUGCGGGCGCACGAGGGACGGGUGGAGGUGUAUCACGGGGCGUGGGGGACGGUGUGUGAUGACUAUUUUGGGUCAAAAGAUGCAGCUGUUGUGUGUAGAAUGCUUGGCUACAGAAAUGUCUAUGCCAAAGCGUACGGCCGCGCUCACUUUGGGCAAGGGAACGGUAACAUUCUCAUGGAUAACGUUCAAUGUGGAGGGAACGAGUCGGAUAUAUCAGCGUGUACAUUCAGGGGAUGGGGAACACAUGACUGUCGUGCCACCGAAGAUGCUGGGGUUUCUUGUGAUCCUUUGCCGUAUUUCCGACUUCAUGGCGGAAACAACUCCGACGAAGGAUUUCUUAGUGUUCUUAAAAAUGGAACGUGGUACCCAAUGUGUGACGAAACAAUUUCAGACGCCCAAAUCAACAUGAGCUGUCAGAUGAUGGGAUAUAGAUAUGGAGGAUACAAUCUUGGGAAUUUUUCAAGCCGUACAGUCGGGUCGUACUAUAAGAUAACCAACAUGCAGUGUUUGAAAGACAUGAUCUGCUACUCAGACCCAUUUCCCUCAACAAGGUGCGACCAUGGCCAUCAGGUCUUUAUGGGAUGUUACUCGUCAAAUAAGAUUCGAUUAGUUGGAGGAUCUAAGGCUUCAGAGGGCCGCAUCGAGGUGAAACACAAAGGGAUAUGGGGAAGCAUAUGUUCGUCCAACUUCUCUGUUACGGAGGGAAAAGUGAUAUGUCGGAGUCUGGGAUAUGAUGGCAGUCACGUGACGGUGUACCAUGGCGGAAUGUUUGGUCACGGAGAGGGACCGGAAGUGAUAUCUGACCUAACCUGUCGAGGUGUGGAGGAGGACAUCGCGGCCUGUAGUAAACUCAAUUAUACCGAGCGCCCGUGUCCCAGGGGGAACGAAGUGGGCGUUACUUGUGGUACUACUCCCUUACGAUUGGUGGGAGGGGCUGGACCAUGGGAGGGACGCCUAGAAAUUCAAAAUGGAGGUCAAUGGAAAGGCGUCUGUAAAGAUAGUUUUAAUCAACGGAUAACAAAAAUCAUUUGUAAAAUGAUGGGAUUCCCCGACAGCGAUGUUGUUGCUGAAAUAAAGCCAGAUAACUUUUAUGGACGUGGUCCAAGUGGUCACAUGAUCAGUAUCACGAAUUGUCGUGAAGGUAUCUCGGACAUUGGUGGUUGUGUACUGUCCAGGUCCUGUUUCUUUCCCACUGAUGUGGGCAUACGAUGUCAUACAAAGGAUAUAAGGUUGCAAGGCGGGUCACAUCCAAUGGAAGGUCGAGUUGAGGUGAAAGUUCAAGGCCAAUGGAGUACUGUUUGUGAUGAUAACUGGGACAACCGAGACGCCACUACCGUGUGUCGAAUGCUGACAGAUUAUCCCAUCGACAGAAAUGUCACUGGGACGGCCUUCCAGGGCGCAUUCUUCGGAACAGGAACCGGAAGAGUAGCCAUGUCAAACGUCCAGUGUAACGGGUCAGAGGUCAGUCUCUUCACCUGUCCGGCAGACAUGACGGGGGGAGUAAACUGCGAUCACUCACGUGACGCGGGUGUAUCCUGUUCCGUAAACAACAGCGUUGUUUUGGUUGGAACAUCCUCUUCUUCAACGACAGGAACAGUGAGUAUUGUAGAGGGCGGACACUGGAACAGCGUCUGUGACCAUUCCUGGACGAGAGAGGACGCCCGCGUUGUGUGUCGGUCACUUGGUUACUGGAGUACAUCGCCCUCUGUCUAUGUGGAUGCAUGGUUUGGACAAUCCAAUGGCACAUCUUUGGAUAUCGAGCCCGACUGCACUGGGUCCGAACACGAUCUAGCCUUCUGUCGGCUGAAUAAAGAGUGGGGCAACCAAUCAUGUUCUCAUAGCGACGAUGUAGGUGUUGAAUGUACACCAACUGCAAUAGGAUUUCACAAUGUACGUUUAUCGGACGGAAAAACCGCAGGACGGGGUCGGUUGGAAGUUUUCUACAAUGGACAAUGGGGAUCGUUCUGUCUGGACAACUGGAGCCAAAAUAACACGGAUGUCGUCUGCAAAAUGAUGCACUUUAGAUCGGGAGGUUUCUCUUCUUAUAACGCUCCCCAAGGGACAGCACCCGUGCUAGUAAGUUCGCUGGGAUGUUUUGGCAAUGAAUCGGACAUCGGAUAUUGUACGGCAAAUUUUCAGAAAGAGAACUGUCAGCAAACAUCUGUUGGUGUGGACUGCACAGGUGGUCUAAAAGUUCGUUUUGUCGAUUCUGCCCAGAAUUUCUCCGGUAGGGUGCAGGUGUACAAGGACGGUUCGUGGGGAGAGCUUUGUUCUUCUGCUCUUUCGGAUAACGAAGCCAACGUUUUAUGCAGCAUGGCGGGCUUUAAGAAUUCCCAUGCACAUAUCAUUCCUGGACCUGCCCAUCUCACAGGUAAACAUGGUGUCGUCAAGGUGAUCGAUCUUCAAUGUGAUGGAUGGGAGGAGCAUAUUCAGCAGUGUUCUUAUUCAUCUUCUGGUGGAUGCUCAAACGUAGGAGCGCAUGCGCAAUGUUUUGCAUGCACGGAUUCCUACACCACAGCACGGGGGAAUUUAUCAUCAACGGGGUAUCCCCAGGACUAUCCCAAGUCUGACUGUGUGUACACCAUAACUCCCCCGAACACCACGGCCGAGAUCUACAAACUGACCAUUAAAGACCUCGAUAUCAACAGUACUGGAGACACCUUACAAAUCACGGAGGGGCCAGGCGACCACACCCUAGCUUUGUUUUCCGGAAGUCACACGGAUCCUCCUGUAGUAGCGGGGAAGGAAUUUGUCGUCCGAUUCACAUCAGAUAUGGGAAGUCAAGGUCAUCGCGGCUUUACCCUCGACUGGAGUCCACUAACACUGGAGGAUGCUAUAACAGUGCUGUGUGACACCACAUCCUGGAGGAUUGUGGUGAACAUGACCCUACUGCGCAUGCUCUAUCCAGACUCCGGAGUAUCCCAGAUUUACCUUUCGAAACAAAGCUGUACUGGCCACGUGGUUGAUGAUACGAUUGUGUUCGAUCAGUCGUACAGCAACUGUUCCACUUCUAAAACGAUAUCAGACCAGUUUGUGUCUUACGAGAAUCAGCUGGUGUACCCUGAAUCUAAAACGCCAUUUCCCAUCAUUGUUCAUGGCUACCGCUGGAGAGUGGAUGUCAAGUGUGACCUUGACCGAUACGAACACGUGACUCAACAUUACAAGCCAACUGAGGUUCCACUUUCACAAACGACCUUUCAUCAUCAAGUAGGAGGAAGUGGUCACUAUGAUACCAAACUUCAGUUCUACACGGAUCCUCAAUAUUUCCACGAGAUCAAUGGCAACCCUAUAAUUGCAAAUAUUGGAGAGAACAUUUACGUUAAAGUUUCUUUAAACAACAACGAUUAUGGAACAAAAAUGCGAUUGGACACAUGUGAAGCAAUGCCGGAAGCUAUUUCAACGUCACAGAGCACAUAUGUCAUCAUAAAGAAUGGAUGCUCAGUGGACCCAAGUACACAGAUCGUCUCCCAGGGAACACACGAGACACGGUUCCUGUUUAAUGCAUUCGUCUUCCCAUCCAAUCAGAACGCAGUGUACAUUUCCUGUAAUGCCACAUUCUGUCCUACAACUGACUUUUCCUCAAAAUGUGCUCAGACAUGUCGUCAUGGCAGAUCAAAAAUAAUUGAUCAGUCAUAUAUACUUGUUUGAUAUUAAAAACGAUAGAUAUCUACAUUUA